ACACCACAAGAAGAGGAGUCUAAGCAGUACUUGCGCUGGUAUUAUUUGAGGUCAGUCCAGCUCUUUCAUCUUCAUUUAUCAAUUUUGUUUAUUAAAUUCCAUGAUACAGUAUGUGCUUUGUCAUUUUUUUGGAUUGUCCACCCUUCAGGAUGGCUCAAGGAUGGAUCCUUCUAGUGUGCUUGGGCUUCCUGGGGUCUGGACUCAGCCAGAAUCCACCGUGGUUCAAGAACAUCUCAACAAGCCUUUUCAAAUCCCCCGGAGAUAUUCUGUUAGGAGGAAUUUUCCCCAUUAAUGAAAUCACCAGCAACUUGAGCAAACAUGUAAAGCCUGACGAUAUCGAGUGUAACAGGGUCAACACAUAUGGUCUUUCUAUGUCAUUGGUCAUGAAGUACUCUGUGGAUGAGAUCAAUGCUAAACCAGAUCUUCUCCCUGGAAUCACACUAGGCUUUGAGAACUUCGACACCUGCAUGCAGCCAGCCGUCGUCAUGAAGCCUGUCCUCCAGUUUCUCACAAAGGAAACAUCAGAGGAAAUGGAGAUCUCCUGUAACUACACCGACUACAAGCCUCGUGUUAUAGCUAUCAUUGGACCAAACAACUCUGACUUGGUCCCCCACAUUGGCAAGCUCAUUGGGUUUUUCUUGAUGCCACUGAUUAGCUAUGGUGCCACCAGCGACGUGUUCAGUGACAAAGAGUCGUAUCCGUCCUUCAUGCGUACUGUGGCCAGUGACCGUUGGCAAGUUAUCGCAAUGGUGCAGCUGCUGAAAGAGUUUAGGUGGAACUGGGUGGCAGUGGUCGGUAGUGAUGACGAAUACGGUCAGAAGGGCCAGCAGCAGUUCUCCAGUAUGGCCAAUGAGGCGUCCAUCUGCGUGGCAUAUCAAGCUCUGAUUCCUGUAUACAAUGACCCAAAGCCAGCAUUGAGAGAUAUACUUGAUCAUAUUGAUGAUGCUAAAGUGGGAGUAGUGGUGGUCUUCUCUGUCCCCAAUCUGGCUAAAGAAUUUUUUAUAGAGGUAAUCAAAAGAAAUAUGACAGCGGUUUGGGUGGCGAGCACAGCAUGGGGCCUGAAUGAAGAUAUAUUCACCCUGCCUGGCAUUAGUUCUAUAGGCACAGUGCUGGCAUUUGCUGACAUCACCAAACCUAUCAAUCUGUUCACUCCCUAUGUCCGUGAGCUCUUCACCAAAAUAGAGGCAGAGAGACAAAUAUUCUUCCCCCAGCAGCCAGAGGCACAAACCUCCCCUCUGGACAACCCUUGCCCAAGAUGCGGUAACCUCACCUCAGUCAACGUGAGCAUGGUCAAGACAAACCUUGUGCAGCGGUCAGCUUUCAGAGUGUAUGCUGCCAUCUACUGUGCUGCACAUGCACUGCAUGACUUGCUUGAAUGCAAUGCCAACAGGUGCGCUUUAAAUCCCAAAACGGACAAAGUCUAUCCAUGGCAGCUGUUAAAGAAACUCCAAAAUGUUUCCAUAAAUGUAGAGGGGAUAAGUUUUAAGUUUGAUAAAGAGGGUAAUCCAAACUUCGGCUACGAUAUGAUGCAGUGGAUCUUUAAUGACACUAGUGUGCACUUUAAUGGAAUUGGAUCCUUUUAUCAGAACCUCAUGAUUAAUAAAGAUGGCAUAAAAUGGCACACUGCAAAUUCUAAGGUACCAUUGUCCACAUGCUCCUCAAACUGCGAGUCAGGACAGGUGCGCAGAGUCAAAGGCUAUCACUCCUGCUGUUUUGACUGCAUUGACUGCAAAGAGGGAACAUACCUGAACAAAUCAGAUGACAUCCAGUGUACACAAUGUCCUGCCGGCCAGUGGUCCAAUCUACGAAGCACAAGAUGUGUCUAUCCCAUCUAUAUUUUCUUGGCCUGGACCAAUAAUGAGUCAAUAGCACUCAUUCUGGGAGGAAUUUUGUUGCUUGCAUCACAUGUAUGGGUAGGGUUUCAUUUCUUUAGGCACAGAGGAACUCCAGUGGUGAAAAUGGCAGGUGGAUCGCUGAGUGGCCUGGCCCUGUUGUGCCUAGUGGGACAAUGUAUAAGCCUGCUGCUGUUCCUAGGUCAGCCGGGUGAUAUUGUGUGCCGUCUGCAGCAGCCAUUAAAUACUUUCUUUCCCACCGUGACCCUCUCGGUCAUUCUGACUGUUUCCCUUCAGAUUGUCUGCGUCACAGAGUUCCCAGAAAAAUCUUCAGAGCACCUGGAGAACCUGCGAGAACGAGUGAGCUGGUUUGUGGUUCUGGGUUGUUGUGGGGCCCAAGCAGGACUGUGCGGCUGGUACAUCCAAGAAGGUCCCUCCCUAACCCAAUAUGUCUCCAAACUGGAGGUGACCUAUGUGAGAAGUUUUCUGCGCUGCCCGGUGGAGCCGGUGUUGAACUUUGGCUUGAUGCUUGGUUUCAAUGUACUUCUGUCGCUUAUAUCAUUCAUGUCUACCUUCAUGGCUCUAAAGCCAGUUGGACAGUACAACCUGGCCAGGGAUAUAACCAUCUCCACCUUGACUUACUGUGUAAUGUGGGUGAUGUUCAUUCCCAUCUACACAAGUCUGGAUGAUAAAUUUAAAUCUAUUGCUCAAGUUGCGGUCAGUAUAGUUAGUAAUAUGGUGCUGGUAGCUAAUUAUUUUCUCCCUAAAUGCCUUCUAUUAGUCAAACGCCCAGAGCUCAACACAGAUGAUCACUUUCGUAUAUUUUUAGAAGGAAUCCCGCCAACGCCACCUGAAUAAAGCCAGGAGCAAUUGCUACAUUUAUAUUUAUUAGUAUUACACAGCUCUCUGAAAUGAUCAUGAUUGGUCAAUUGUGGCAUUCUGUGGUCAAAUAUUUUGUAUAAUUACCACUAAACCACGCAAUUCUGCUAA